AUGCAGAGAUGGACUUCAUUUAUCAGACCCUUGUUGUCUGAUCUAAGAUUUUCAGCUGCAAAAAGUGAAACAGUGUCCAUUUAUGGCCUCUUGACUUGUCGUCAUACCGGACUUGGAUUAACAGGGUCAAGUAAUUUAAGAACUAGUAAUCGUAACCAGUUACUCCAGACGGCACAGACAUUCAUCAGAAGACAACAAUGGGGCACUUAUCAAACCCGGGUCUUUCACACAAGCAGUCGCCGUCCAAUCCAUCCGGUGCUGUGGAUAUUUCUGAAACCAUUAGCCAAAUUUUCAGCUGUUUUGACUGGCAGGAGUCUGCGGAUAUGGUUCAGGAGCCUUAAACCUGCCCAGAGAAAGAAAAUAUGGGCUGCGGUCAAACGUCACUGGUAUAUUUCUGCUGGGGUCCCCGCAGCUCUUGCCGCUUCAGCAGGUAUCUACUAUGUGAGUCAUAUAGAGGAGACUCCAGUGACGGGGAGAAAGAGGUUCAUUGCACUGACCCACGAUCAGAUUGUGAAGAUUGCUCAAGCUGAGGCUACGCAGCUGAUAGAGAUAUAUGGAACUAAGCAACAUGCACCAAACGAUCCACAGUCCCUACGUGUGCUGCAGGUAGCCAGGCGACUUCUUUCAGCAAACCCUGAGCUGCGGAAGAUGCAGUUCAGAGAAUGGCAGAUAUAUGUUAUCAAAGAUCCUCUUGUCAAUGCCUGUGUUUUACCUAGCGGCCAUAUGUUUGUUUUUGAUGGGAUCCUAGAAGUGGCCAGUACACAGGACCAACUGGCAAUAAUACUUGGACACGAGAUGGCACAUGCGGUGCUUGAGCAUGGGGUUGAAGAACUGAGCCUGGGCAAAUUUGUUGAUGUGUUUGUCAUCUUCUGCCUGGCCGCUAUUUGGUGCAUCAUGCCCUUUGAUGGAAUUGCUCUUUUGACACACUGGUUCUAUGACAGAGUCAUACAGUUAUUGACGCACAUGCCUCACAGCAGAAAGUUGGAGAAAGAAGCUGACAAAGUUGGACUUCUAUUUGCUGCAAGGGCCUGUUAUGACACCCGACAAGGAAGUGUACUGUGGACAAAAAUGUCUUACAAUGAAAAACUGGGUGACAGUGCCAGCAACCUGCUACCAGAGUGGAUGCAGACACACCCAGACAGCUUAAAGAGAGCUCAUUAUCUUGAUUUCCUUGAGCCAGAGGCAGAGAAGUGGAGAGAAGAAAACCGUUGCCCUAAACUACCACCCGGUGACCCCAGGGAAGCCGUGAAGGUUCUCUCUCAACACAUUGACAACAUUGUGAUCGCAAACAAAUCUGGACAAGAUCUACGGAGAGUGCAGCGCCAGCCAGGCCUUGUGACAGUGAAGAAUUCUUGA